AUGGGACAACUCUUGUCGAGCCUGAGUCUGCGUGGAGGCGAUGUUGCCGUACCCGAGCUUAACCUUGACUUGGCCAAUGCUUCACCUUCCGCGGAAGAAAGUCAAUUACACGAUCGAUUAUCAGCAUUGUUGGUUCAACCUGGUCCAUCACUAUUAGAGUUGCUACGCAACUAUAAAUCAGCUUCCACCGAGGUUAGGACAGCUAUCGCUUCCCCGACACAGGAGAAUGAGGAUACCGCAUGGGAGGCUGUUAUGCCCAUCGUCUCCAUGCUACAAGAGUUUUAUGGUUACUCGUGCGAUUUAGGCCAAGCUGUGCCCGAGUUAUUGCAAGUGUUAUGUCAAGGCGAUGUGGCCAAGAAUCUUGAAAACCAUCAAGGAUUAACCAAACUCUUUGCUGACAUGCUGGAUUUUGUCUUUGAGUUUGAUUAUCUAAAGAUGCGUAACCCUACAAUGCAGAAUGAUUUCUCGUAUUAUCGACGCAUGUUGCAACGAGGACGAUAUGGCACAGCACCUGAUGAGAGUACUUCGGACUUGCGUAGUGCUAUGGAUCAAAGCGAUGAGGCCAACCGCAUCUCUCUCUUUAUUGCUUAUCCCACGCCCAUGCUCAAGUGUGUCAUCGACACGACCACGGAGUUUGUUACAAAGCAUCGAUUGCAACGAAGCGUGGGUGAUUGUUUGACAGCACUUUGGGCAGCAUGUUUUCAAACCGUUAACAAGAAGCGUGCGCUAUCACCCGAGCUUGUUGGAUUUUGUCUCAAGGUGAUGGUGGUUUCGAUCAUUCUUUACGACCAUAUCGAUCCUAGUGGUGUGUUUUCCAAAAACUCGCCUAUCAAUAUCAAGAACUCGGUUAAAAUGAUCCAAACAGCCCAUACCACCGUGUACAACAUGCCCGAAGAGUCAAGUGCAUCCAAUCUCAUGUCGGCUUUGCGAUACAAUUCCAAACAUCUCAAUGAUGAUUCCACACCAAAGGGAGUGAAGAACAUGGUCCUUGCCGCUUGA